AUUUUACAACUUUACAAAAACAUUUUAUUACUGCCGAAUGUAUAACUUUCUUUAUAUAGGCAUUUAUAAUAAAUAAUAUUAUAUAUAUAACAUAUAUAACAUAUACACAUAUACAUAUGAUUAUAAAAAUAAUAAAUACUUAUAUAAUUACUUAUAUAUAGAUAUAAAUAUAUAUAUAUAUAUAAACAACGAUAUUAUAUUAUUAAAAUGACGGUUGAUGUUACAACUCGUAGUUUAUUGGGUAGUUCUGGUGGUGGUUUUAAUGAUGCAAUUAAUAGUAAAACAACGUCUAUAACAACCGGUGCCGCCAAUUCAAUUACAACAAAUGGUACUAGUAAUUUUAUUGGUGGUAGUGGUGGUGGUAGCUGUAAUACUGGUGGUGGUAUUGGUGGAGCUAAUCAUUCAGCAUCAACAACAUCAUUACAAAAGCAAUUAUCAUUUUGUAAUAAAAAUAAUAAUAAUUUAUUAAAAGUUGAUGAAAUUGAAGUAUUAGAAUCAGGUGGUCCUGGCGGUAUUAAUACAAUUAAUACCGGUCCAGGUGGUAAUAAUAUUGAUCCAAAUGAACAACAAAGGAUACCAAAGCAUCAUUCGGCCAUAGGAUAUAUAUGUUGUGCACCUUGUAUAUGGUUAAAAACAUCAGCAACAGUACAUAAAAUAGCAAUAACAACAGCAACUUUAUUAGUAACAUCAUUAUUAGUAGCAUCACCAAUAUUAUUUUUAAUUAGUACGGCACCAUCACAACUGCCGAAAGAUUGUUAUCCAGACGAAGAAGAUUGUAUGCCAACAGUGGCACCACCACCAGAAUGUAAAGCUCAAGUAUGUCGAUUAGCAGCUCAAAGUAUACAAACUCGUAUGAAUUGGAAAUCUGAUCCAUGUAAAACUUUUAAAGAAUUUAGUUGCUCAAGUGGACAACCAGAUAGUCUUAGAACAUCGAAAAGUUCUCAAGAAGCUGUUGAUUUGCAAAUGCAACAAUUAUUACUCCACAACACAACAACUGGUCCUUUUCGUAAAUUGGGUCGUUUAUAUGGGAGUUGCCUUAAACAGAAUACAAAUUGUACAUCAAUUCAAUUAGUUUUAGAAAAAUUAGGUGGUUAUCUACCAAUUGGAGCAUUAGGUCCUUCAACUAUUUCAAAUUUGAUGGUUAAAAUAUAUGAAUUGGGUCCAACGCCACUUAUUGAUAUUUAUUACGAUUUAAGUUAUGGUCGACAUCCUCAUGUGUUAUUAAUUAUUGAUGGUUCAACGACGUCAGCGCCAAUAUUAGAAAAUAAGUUUAGAUGGAUGGGUCCAAAAGCGCCUCCAUAUCGUGUUAAAGAAGCUGUUCCUAUACUUUUAGAUGAUUUAUUGGAUAGUUUUUUACCAAGUAGUUUGACAUACGAACAAAAGAUUUCGGAAAAAGAAUCUAUUUCAAUUUUUAUAGAAGAGUUAAAUAAAUUAAGAGUUGAGCAUUCCAGGAGAGGUUUUUGGAAUAGUUCUGUUUUAUACAACACGUCAUCGUUAAAUCAAAAAUAUCCUUUUUUAAAUUGGACGGCACUUAUCCCAUGUAAUUGGACUGGUCCAAUUGUUGUUCGAAGCUCAGAUUAUUUACGUAGUGUUGGUGAAUUAAUUGAAAAACAUCCCACCCGUGUGGCACAUAAUUCAUUAUUAGUAUUAUUUGCUUUGGGAAUAUUACCUCAAGGGCAUCCUGAUCCAUUUAUAUGCACUAAAGCUACAAUGUGGGCAUUACCAGAGGUUGCAUCAGCCUUUUUUAUGGCACAAUUUACAGAGAAUGAUAUUAAAGAUGUUAAAUAUCGAGCGGAAAUAAUAUUUGAUGCUUUAAAAGCACAUUUAAAAAGAGCGCCAUCGCUUAAAGGAGCAGCUCUAGUAAAAUUAUCACAAUUAAAAAUACAAACGAAUAUUUGGAAAGGUUUUACAAAUAUGUCUGAAAUUAUUGAUCAAUUGGAUAGUUUAGAGAUUUCAUCAGAUAAUUGGUUUGAAAAUAUAUUAAAUAUAUAUCAAAGAAUUAAAGAGAUUCCAGAAAAUCCAGAAAUUACAACACAAGUUGCAUAUGCUUAUCCAAUUGUAGCAAAAAUAUUUUAUGAUGCUCUAAGUCAUUCAAUAGUUGUUCCAUUAUCAGUAAUAGAGGUGCCAUAUUUUGAUUCAAAAUUACCACCAUAUCUUCAAUAUGCAUCAGUUGGUGUUGCUAUAGCUAAAGAAAUUUUACGUGCUAUUACAAAAGCUUUCGAAGAUAAAGCAAUGCGCUGUGUUCCACUCUCCGUAAAUAUAUUUUCAAAUUAUAGUCGUAUGGAUAUAUUAAUACAUUCUGGUGGUAUGCAAAUUGCAUAUCAUUCGUUAUUAUCAUUAACUGGGCCAAUUAAAGGAAUGGCACGUUUACCUGGUCUAAGUUUAACACCAACACAAAUUUUCUUUUUAGUUUCAGCCCAAGAAUUAUGUGCAGAAUCGGAUUAUACAGGAAUUGAUACACAAUCUUCAGAUUUUGGAAAUAUAUUGGGAUGGUUAAUUGCUCAAGGUGGUAGCGCUACUGAAGUAUUCAAAUGUCCAAGUGGAUCAAUGAUACAUGCUCAAAAAACAUGCAAUGUUCUGUAAACAUAACAAAAUGAAUUAUAAAUAUAACUAAUUGAAGGAAUAUAUAUAUAUGUAUAAUUAUGUAAUAUGUAUAUACUUCGAUAUAAGAUAUAUACAUACAUAUAUAUUUAAUUAAAUAAUAUUAGUAUAUACUUCCAUAUAAAUGCACAUAAUAUACAGCAUUGAAAUAAUAUUAUAUAAAAUGCAUAAUAUGCAUAAAUUUUAUACAAAAUAUAUUAUUUAUGUAAAAAAAAGUAAAUGAUCUACAAGUAUAUUAUUAUUAUAUAAUUAAUUUAAAAAGAAAAUAUUCCAAAAUAUGUAUAAAAUAUAAUUAUAAAUUACCUGUACAUUUAUUUCUAAGAAGUAUAACUAUUUUCCAAAUAAAUUUUAUUGAGAGCAAAAUAUUAAUGGGAAAAUAAACAUUCUACAAAACUUGAUACAUAUUAUUAAAUAAAAAAAAAGUAUAUUUUACAAAAUAAAUUAAAAAUAAAUCUUAAUAAAUAAAUUAACAAAUUAACAUUUCUAUUGAAUUUUACAAAACUAUCUAUAAAAAACAA